AUGGCAGCAGGGAAGACGUGCCUCAGGAAGAACAAGGAGGAAACUGCCGAGUGGACAGGAUUAUUCUUGAGCGACCUAAAAACCAAGGAAGAGUCCCUCGUCUUCGUUAAGAGGAUGAUGGCUGUGGCCGUCUCCUCCAUCACCUAUCUGAGAGGGAUUUUCCCGGAGGAUGCCUACAGAUCCAGAUAUCUGGAAGAUUUGUGUCUCAAAGUUUUACGUGAAGAUUGCCACGCGCCUGGUGCCAACAAAGUUGUGAAAUGGAUGAUGGGCUCCUUUGAUGCACUAGAGAAGCAGUAUCUCCAGAUUGUGUUCAUUGGGGUGUGCACCAAUCCAGAUGAACCUAAUUGCAUUAUUGAGUCCUACCAGUUUAGAUUCAAAUACACUGAGAAGGGACCAGAGAUGGACAUACUCAGGGACAAUGGCAUGGAGAUGCAGGUGACACUGGAGGGCACCAAGAGAGCUUCAGUGCUGCUCAUCAGGAAGCUCUUCCUGCUCAUGCAGAACCUGGAUGCCCUUCCUAAUGAUGUCUACCUCACCAUGAAGCUCUAUUAUUAUGAUGACAUCACUCCUGCUGACUACCAACCACCAGGCUUCAAGGAGGGCACGUGUGACAGUCUGUGGUUUGAAGGCAUGGCUGUGCACUUUAAGGUGGGCGAGGUGCAGACGGCCUUCCACAGCUUGAAAGUGCGUGUGUCGGCCGAACAAGGCCGAGUUGAGAAACUUCAGGAAGGCAACCAGAUGAAGGAGACCGAGCAGGUUUCUCAGGGAAAUCCUCUGGAGAGGGAAAUUAACAAGGUUCCUCAUAAGAAAAUAAAUGACAAAGAGGAUCUGCCCUCUGAAGAUGAGUCUGCACAGUUCAAGAAACCCACCAGAUCUGUGGCAAAGAGAAAUGCAGCUGCCAAAAAUCUUUCGAGGAAGAAAAGAAGAAUUUAG